AACUUGCCCAUGCGAGCGAAAACCCCUAACCUUGGCUACCGAUAAAACAUUUCGCUUCAGUGUCGAGCGUACCGUGGUUCCGACAACACAGCACAGGAACGCUUUGCCCCAGGAGCAAAUUUCACCAACAAAAAUUUCCCACAUCGCACCACAGCCCACUCGCCAGCGCAAUGUCUGCCUUCAUCAACGUGCCUCGUGCGCGCCUACUAGAGCCGAAUGCGGCCCUAUCGCCGCUGCUGCAGGAAAUCCUGCGCCACUGUGAGCGUCGCAACAUCCGGUACGACCGUCCGCUGGUACACUUCGUCAUGAAUCUGCUCAGCCUGGACCCACGGUACGAGCUGUUCAUGGAGACGGUCAGUGCCGAGCGGCGCAAUCACGACGACUUUGUGGAGGCGUGCUGCACCGUCCUGAACGAUGACCGGUCGCCAACGCUCAUCACGCUCCGCAUGCAGUGCUACUUCCUGGGCAACUUCUUCGACCGGGACGAGAUAGUGGAGAAGCAUGCGCGCAAUCUGCAGGCGAAAACGUUCGCGCUGACGAAGGAAAUCAUCGAUCACGACGUGAUCACGAAGGACGAGCAGGACGAGGUGUUUAACAAGGUGAUAGUGGACAUCGUGGUGAAUAUGGGGCUGGGCAAUCCGGAGUGCAAGGACGUGAUGGCGGAAACGAUGCGUGCCCUCAACUCGGUCAUGUCGCGCAGCGAUAAGGCAAAGUUUGUCACGCUCGAUCGGAAGGAGCGGCUGAUGGCGCUGAAGGACAUCAGGGAGAUUGUGGCCGGGAUACGAAUCUUUAACAAGCACUCCGGCAACACGGCCAACGGAAUGGCGGAUUUGCCGAAAAUAAUCGACCAGUCGCACGAAUCGACCAAAUCGAUACUCCAAAUCACGCUGUGCGAAAUCAUGGACAAGGUGAACCUGCUUACCAGUGCGCUGAGCGCGGCAAUUGCCUACGACUUGCGGAACCGGUCGAUCAUUACGCUGCUGCCGGAGAACAUUACGGCGGACGAUUUCGAAAUGAUCAAGGAUCUGCUGGCCAUGUACCGGCAGCACGAGGUGUACACGCGCAAGCUGAUCGAUGAGCUGGCCGGCAUUAAGCUGCUGAUUGACGGCUGCAAGCAGGAGUACGAGGCGCGGCUGCUGCGCAUCCACGAGGCCGUACAGUACCGUACGGCCAUCCCGACGGAUCGUGUUUUUCCGAAAUUUUCCGAGCUGACGCGCGUUUGGUUGCAGUUUCAAAAUUUCGUGUUUCUUCUGUCGGAAAUGAACCAAAUCAGCAAUACGCUCACGAGCCUAACGGAGCGAUGUGCGAGCUUUGACGAUUUGGCUUAUCGUUUGCUGGGCGAAAGCCAGAUACAAACCGAUAUCGAUCGGUUGAAUAAGGUAAGCGCGAAGCGCUUGAGCCUGCCCGAUCCGAAGAGCUGUGAAAUUGUCCCGUACGAGGAAGGCAUGCAGAUGCAACUGCUCAAAUUCUGCCUGUGGCAUUUGGCCGAAGGUAAGGGACUGCUCAUGCCCGGAAGCAUCGAGCUGGGCGUGUGUCGGGUGCAGAAGGAACAUUAUCUGUUUAACAUCCCCGAGCCGGUUACCUUCUUCGACGAGGAUCCCAACAAAUACUUCUUCAAAAUAGUCGAGACGGCAAGGAAGAAAGUUCAGCUCAUCUGUCUGCUGAAUAUGUACGACAAGCUGCAAGCAUCGUAUAGUGCGCCACGCUGCGAAGGCUUCCAGAUGAAGCUAACGACCACCUGCGACCAGGAAGUACAGACGGACCUGCACCCGAUCCCCUCCAACAUCGAUCGUGAGUACCGGUGGAACGUUUGGGACUAUCGCCGGGAAGCGAUCCGGCUGGCCAACAUACGCACCAAGCGGACCACCUCCGUGCAGACGCUCGAAUCGAGCCGUGCCAUUCCCAAGUCCACCCAGGUCUAUCUGGACAAGGUGCAGGGCACCCAGACGCGCGUUAGCCGCAGCACGGAAACGGAGCAACGGCGUCAGACGACGGGUCUGAAAGUGAUCGAACCGUCCGCACCGUCCCCGUUGAAGGUGUACGCGCUAACGCUCGCGCAAGCAAGUCGUUCCGGGUUUAAUCGAAAUGGAGAGCGUUAGGGGAGGUUUUGGUAGCAGAAAUCGACACAAUAGUCCUAUUAGGUGUAGUAUGAGUGUAGUAAAUGUGCCGUUCGGUCUCGUACGACUAACCAAAUCCACAAUGC